GUAUUUGACCGAGCGGAAGUGAAUCCUCUGUUUAUUCUCUGCAGGCUGUGCGUGCUUUUCUCCAAGAGCUGCUUCGUAAUAUUUGCAUACUAAACAGCAUGGGACGCAGAAAGUCCAAGAGAAAACCUCCUCCCAAGAAAAAGAUGACUGGAAACCUGGACACCCAGUUCACCUGCCCCUUCUGUAACCACGAGAAAUCAUGUGACGUUAAAAUGGAACGGAGUCGAAAUACCGGGAUAAUAUCAUGUACUGUGUGUCUAGAAGAAUUCCAGACACCAAUAACCUAUCUCUCGGAGCCGGUGGACGUGUACAGCGAUUGGAUAGAUGCUUGUGAAGCAGCCAAUCAGUAGUUUUGCUGGGUCAAAAUGUCAUAAAUGACCAAAUACACUUAAGAUUUUUGUUUGUGUUUGUUAUUUUUAACUCCCAUGAAUCGCUGUCCCAUCUUCUAUGGAAAGUUAAAGGGGUAGUUCACCCACAAAUGAAAAUUAACUUACUGUUUACUGCCAGACAAGUGAUUCUAAACCUUUCUUAUUUUUGUUGAAGCGAAAAGGAGAUAUUUAGAAAAAUGUUGGAAACCUGUAACCAUUGACUCCAUACACUCAGAAAUAAAGGUACACGAGCUGUCACUGGGGUGGUAGCUUUUCAAAAUGUACAAAUUUGUACCUAAAAGAUUUACAUUAAUACCUCAAAGGUACAUAUUAGUACCUAAACAGUACAAAAGUGUUCCUCUUAAAAUCUGUAGGUAAUAAUAUAUGCUUUUGAGGUACCAAUACGGACCCUUUAAGUACAAAUGUGUACCCUUUGAAAAGGUGUCACCCCAGUGACAGAUCACGCACCUUUUAUUUCUGAGUGUGUAGUAGGGAAAACAAAUACUAUUCAAGUCAAUGGUUACACGUUUCCAACAUUCUUUAAAAUAUCUUCUUUUGUGUCUAACAGAUAAAGAAACUCAUACAUGUUUGAAACAAGUAAAAGGGUGAGUUUUGGGUGAACCGUCCCUUUAGGAGAUGAUCUAAUAAUGCUACAGAUGGAGAUUCACACAACAUUAAGUAGAUUUAUGAAGUCUUUUCCCUUUAGUUUAGUGUUACAGAAAUGCUUAGAAAAUGUAAAGGAUGUUGUUAUUUUUUUCCAAGAUGGAUAAUUUCCUGUUUGUUAUCUUUUAGUUUGUCUUGUUUAUUUUACAAUUUGAGGUUUUUAUGAGACCAUUUAAUGCCAAUAAACAAUUUGUGCAUUUUCUCUUGUGAAAAA